CUCUCAGUCUGUUCACUGGCAGGAGGAAUCAGCAGCAGCAGCAGCAGCGGGACAAUGGUGUGUCUCCUCCAGCGAGGACCCUAACGGACGCCGGCUGCUUUCCGACAAACUGCAACACAAGGAGGUGAAUGUCAAACAGCUCCAGGAUGCUGCUGUCCUCAUCCCUGCCGACCUGCUGUUCAUCAGGAGGUUUCUGAUUUGCCAAACAUGAUGAAGACUGAUCCCCCGUCCGCCACGGGGGGCAACGGGGCGCCGGGCGGGAGCAGUGGGGGCAACGGAAGCUCCAACCUGCGCAGUCCUUCACCCCACCGCAACGCGUACGAGGCCGGGUUGGCGGCGCUGAAGAAGGCGACCGACCACCUCAACAAUGCCGCCAACGGAGCCCCCGCCCCUUCCUCCAAGCCCGCUCUUCUGCCCCGCCCAACCGGGAGGGGCCGGAGAUAUGGAUCGCACGUGCACCGCAUCAAGAACAUGUUCAUGCAGAUGCAGUCGCCCGGUGCCGAGGAGGACGGAGCCAAAGUGAUCGGUAAAGACCAGGAGGUGAAACUGUCUCUCCCAAGAGUAUCCAGCCUCAACGAGAACGUCGACCACAGUGCUCUGCUCAAGUUAGGUGGGACGGUGUCGGAGAGGGUCAACCGGUUUGACUCUAAAGGAAGCGGAGAGGACGGAUGCGCCGCCACAGGUUUAUCCAAACUGCAGGAGACCAGAAGGAUGUUCGAGCAGCGGACUCUCCAGGAGAAGCAAGCGGCCACAAACCGGAUCUUACUGAAGAAGGAGCGGGCUUCAGGCUUCCAGGACAGCCGUCUAGACGUCGUGGCUCGCUUUAAUGGCUCCACAGAGGCUCUGGACCGGCUGGACGACCCUCCUGCCCCGGCUCCUGCCCCUGCUCCUGCUCCGGCUCCGGCUACCAUUCCUGCUCCUGCAGCUCCAGCUGGGCCCGGCGAGGCUGUCAGCCCCACCGUGAGCCAACUCAGUGCUGCGUUCGAGAAGGGCGAACUGCAAAACAAUCUCUACCUCCCCAAGCGUCGGUCAGCCCCUGCCCUGGCACCAAAGCCCAAACCACCGGCCAGAACGGAGGCUGUCGGCAAGAAGGCAAAGGUGUUGCCUCCAGGUAAGGAGGCUCAUGAGGAGGAGACAGCAGGAGAGGCCACAGACCUACAAGAAGGGACUGGUUCUCUGCCGAGGAGCACAGAAGGAGUGGUGGCCAGUGAGGAGAGGGAUGGGUUCGGACAGUCAGGAGACCAGCUCUCUAACUCCUCCUACUCCUCAUCGUCCUCAGUGGCCGUCACUUCCUCCUCUUCCUCUUCAGAGGCCAAACCGGAGUUGGAGGCCCAGCCCACAACAACCGAAGCCAGAGGCUCAAGUACAGUGGCCGAUCCAGACCAGGAGCUGCACGGUGACGAGCAGGACGGCUCCACCAGCGGCUCGGAGGUCGCAGCCAGGCUGGUGCAGGCAGACGUUCAUGCCUCUUUGGAAAAUGGAGAAAAAGAGCCCCCGGGUUCCUCCCCCUCCUUGGAAGAGAAAGGAGUGGACUAUGAGAGGAGGGACGAGGAGGAAGAGGAGGAGGAGGAUAAUGAUGACGACGGCUCGAGGAAGGAGGAUUAUUCCGAGGGGGAUCCGGUGGAAAUCAGUGCGUACAGUGGGCUCGGAGAGGAGGACUCUGGGGGCAGCCAACUGGACGAUGAGGAGGACGAAGAAGACGAGGAGGAGUAUCAGCCAGAAAGCAGCUGCUCUGAGAUCACUGGCCUCCCUGAAGAGGAGGAGCCUGUGCCACCCAACAGGAAGAUUCAAUUUAGCACUGAGCCAAUCAAGGUCUUCACCACCUACUCUAACGAGGACUAUGAUCGACGUAACGACGAUGUGGACCCGAUGGCAGCCUCAGCCGAGUACGAGUUGGAGAAGAGAGUCGAGAAGCUUGACCUGUUUCCUGUUGAGCUGGAGAAAGACAGCGAUGGCCUGGGUAUCAGUAUCAUAGGAAUGGGUGCAGGAGCUGAUAUGGGUCUGGAGAAACUGGGGAUCUUUGUGAAGACGGUCACUGAAGGUGGAGCUGCGCAGCGAGACGGCAGGAUCCAGGUGAAUGAUCUGAUAGUGGAGGUUGAUGGGACCAGCCUGGUCGGCGUCACUCAGACCUUCGCUGCCUCCGUCCUCCGCAACACCACUGGCACUGUCAGGUUCGUGAUCGGCCGGGAGAAGCCGGGCGAGCAGAGUGAAGUGGCUCAGCUGAUCCAGCAGACUCUGGAGCAGGAGCGGUGGCAGAGGGAGAUGAUGGAGCAGAGAUACAAGCAGUACAUGGACGAUGAUGAAGAGACCGGCGACUAUGCGACAGACGAGGACGAGGAGAUGAGUCCCGUGUUUCCAAACUCCAUUGAGGUCUUCGACCUGGCUGAGAACCAGGACAUGUUGUCUCCCGUGGAGCUGGACCCGGAGAAGCUGGCCCACAAAUUCAAGGAGCUCCAGAUUAAACAUGCAGUAACCCAGGCUGAGAUCCAGCUGCUGAAGAGAAAGCUGGCUCACGCAGAGCAGGAUAAGCUGCGUUGGAGGAUGGAGCGCGCUCAGCUGGAGCAGAACAUCCGGGACAGUAAAGAGAGGAUGGAGAAACUGGAGGGAUACUGGAUUGAGGCACAGUCGCUUUGUAAGGCAGUGGACGAACACCUCAAGGAAACCCAGGCUCAGUACCAAACCCUAGAGAGGAAAUACAGCAAAGCCAAGAGACUGAUCAAAGAGUACCAGCAGAAGGAGAUCGAGUACCUGAAGAAGGAGACAGCCCAGCGUCGGGCACAAGAAGAAAGUGAAGCAACACACAAAGACGAGACUGACAACCUGCAGGAAAAGAUUUCAGACUUGGAGACCAAAGUGGACGCCCUGAAGAUUCCCAAACCAUCCUAGUUUGCUGCUACUCACUACCUCCUGUCUGUGACUGGAAGAGGAGGAUCUCUGCCUUCGCCCUGACUGGGGUUGUGUUUCAUUUCAAUCGACGACAACAUUUACUGCACAGAAAACAACAACAGUUGUAAAAGAGAGGAACGAGGCGGGGUAAGGACGAGGAAGGAAACCACCUCCUCACAUCUAACAUCUUCCAGCAGCUGAGCUUCAUCAGUCGGUAAUCAAUCCCAGAAUGCACCUGUGAAAUACCCACACAACUCUCCUUUUGUGUCUUCCUGGCAAAAUCGGCUUGGCAAUCAACACAACACAUCACAUCACAUUCAGCGGUCUUCUUUUCCACCUCAUUCAGAGUCUCUUACUUGGAUUCUAUUAUCGAGUGAAACGUUUGUUUUUUUUAAAAAGCGCUUUU